GAAAUGACAGUUUCAACUAGGUUUGACUGUUUCUCUUGGUUCAAAUGAAAUCAGAUGGUUUUCUUUUACAUGCACAAUACAUUACUGCAGUGUAGUUUGUCUACUGAUGAUCCAGAAUUCUGCUGCAGAAAUACUGACAAAAUCUAGAAAGGGAGCUCACACCACAUUAGUUUCGAAGUCUGUUUUAGAUUUAUUUUUAAUGCAUCUUAAAUAACUUUUAAAUCAUUAACUGUCUCAUAGUCCCCCUAUAUUUGUCAGACUUGAUCUUGUUGGAAUUCGAGAAAAGAUUCAUUAGGAUUUUAAGUCUAUGCUACAAUCAUAAAUUAUAACACACUGAAUUUUUCCAUUCAAAGUAAUGCACAUCUUUGACUGAAGGAAAAUGGUUUUACAACAUUUUAAAAAUAAAAAUCUGAAAUGUGUAGCGUGUAUAUGUGUACAGCCCCCAUUACUUCGACACAGCUAAAUAAAUACAGUGCAUUGCACUUAAAUCACCUACUUACUCUAAAGACACAGCCACAGUGGAAUGGUUUAGGUUAUUCUUAUGAGUGGCCCAGUCAAAGCCUAAGUGAGUGACAAUGGUGAGAUUUGAGAUAUUCUGCCUGAGCUUGAGCAAUUUUGCAAAAAAAAUUAAAAUAAAAAAGGUGUGGACAAUUUCCAUGUUCUCUAAAGGAAAAUUCUACAAAAUUCUGAUCCAGGGCUAGAAAUGAAAAUCCAUUGAACUUUUCAGACUUUUUAUUUCUUAACGCCUGUAAACCUUAAAUGACUUUUCCAUCAACUUCACAAUUAUGUGAUACCUUGCCUUGAUCUACAGCCUAAAACGCAAACAUAAAAUAAAAUAAAAUAAAAUAAAAAAUAUAAAACGGCUUCUACAGUCAAAGUUCAAACCCCACCAACUCUUCAUAACGAAUCCCUCAACAGACACUGGUAGGCGCUGUUUUACACUCCCCAAUCCACACAAAAUAUGAGGUGGACGUUUCCCUGCUUUCCACGUUCAGUAAUCUGACACCGAGAGCCUCAGAGGAGAAGGAUGAACCCUUAACUCCGCUGGAAGGACGGAAGGAAGGAACACUCAUCCAACGAGACGCAAAGAAGCAAGGACAGAGUUGGAGCAAAGCGCUGACUCCCAUAAAAAACAACAAGAACCCCGUGGCAGCAGCAGCAGCAGCAGGAGGAGCAGCAGCAGCGGAGGAGAUCCAGACUUUCUUUAAGUCUCCAAAAUUGACCUGUUUCACCCCAUCCAUCAAAUGAUCCUAAAGCGGCAACUUUCACUCCCAAGAGGCGGAUGGGUGACUUUCCACGUUGCUUUGUGAGGAGGAGAUGAUGAAGAAUUUCGGCAGCAGUCCCCUUCACAACAGCAACAACCACCAGACUCCCAACCACAUCAGAGAGCGACACCACCGAAAGCACGGCUUGCUCUGCGCUCUACCGUGGCGCUUCUCCUUGCGAGGUUAUGGUUUCUGCAUGGCUGCGCUCUUCCUUUUCUGCUUCGGCUCGCUUUGUUACCAGCUGAACGGCGGGGCUCCAAGAAUCCUGCUGGACAUCAGGCAGUAUCUCGGGGAAUCCACGUAUCUGAAUGACCACGGACCACCGGCUCAGAGAGCGCUCCCGUUUCCCAGCCAGGUGAUUUAUAACCGUGUGGGGAAGUGCGGCAGCCGGACAGUGGUCAUCUUACUGAGGCUUUUGGCUGAAAAGCAUAAGUUCAACCUCGUCUCUUCUGACAUCCAUAAUAAGACACGUCUCAUGAAACAAGAACAGGUGGAUCUAGUGAAAAACAUCAGUAAGAUCCCUCAGCCAUUUCUCUACACAAGACAUGUUCACUUCAUGAAUUUCACCAGGUUCAGGAUAGAGCAGCCUGUCUACAUCAACAUAAUCCGGGAUCCCAUAAGCCGGUUCCUCUCCAACUAUUUCUUCCGUCGCUUUGGUGAUUGGAGAGGGGAGCAGAACCACCUCAUCCGAACACCAGGGAUGAAAGAUGAUGAGCGAUACCUAGAUAUAAAUGUGUGCAUUCUAGAGAAUUACCCUGAGUGCUCCAAUCCUCGAGUUUUCUACAUCAUCCCCUAUUUCUGUGGACAACACCCUAAGUGCAGAGAGCCUGGGGUGUGGGCUUUGGAGAGGGCCAAGCAGAAUGUGUUGGAGAACUACCUCCUUGUGGGCAUCUUGGAGGAGCUGGAGGAUGUUCUGCUUAUGCUGGAGAGACUCUUACCCCAUUACUUUUCUGGAGUACUUGACAUUUAUAAGAGUCCAGAAUAUCGAAAAAUGGGAAACCUGACUGGCACGGUCAGAAAACAUACGCCUACUCUGGAGGCCCUGCAGGUGUUGUAUCACCGCAUGCGCUACGAGUACGAGUUCUACGACUUCAUCCGUGAUCAGUUUCACCUUAUGAAGAAGAAAAUUGGCCUGAGAUCCACCUCUCGCCCGCCUGUCUACCCGCCUGAUUUCUUGCGCGAGCUGGCCCUUCGAACACCUGAACCUUUAGAUGAAGAUGAGGAGCUAGACUCGGACCUGGAGGAUGCCAACAGCUGGCUGGUUCAUCCCUGAGGACUGUGUAAACAGUGGAUAAAGCCAAACAAUAGAGUCGACUAAAACUGGCUAAGGAAAAGCAGGAGGCAGCCAGAGGAAUAGUGGCAGCAUGUGCCAUCUUUUGGAUGUUGGCACCUUUACUUUGGAGAGUUCGGUUUUUCCGUCUUCAAGCUCUUAUUAUGAAAGGCCCAGCACUUUGGACUUAAGCAACUGAAAGAAACAAAAAUUAUCUAUUUAAAAACUGGACAAGGACAGAUGGGAAUAACUACAGGCUCAAAUUAUUUCAUGAUCGGUUUUACUGGAGCUUGUUAUGAGGAUUUUAUGAUCUCAAAUGCUAUAAUCUCCAGGAGAGAUUAGCGGACAAUUUAAUGUGUUGGGAUAUACACUAAAUGUUGAAGAGGACUUCAGAGACAUUUCCAAUCAGACUUUUAUUUUAUAAAAGUGCUGAUUUAAUUAAAAAAAAUGACUUGGAGGGUGGGGAGGGAGUGCCAAAAGUAUUGUAUGUAUAUUAGCUGUCCAGGACUGUUAUAAGUGCCAAAUCUCAUUAGGAUUUCCAGUAACUGUGAGACAGGAAGCUUUGGGAUCACAGUUGGUAACAGUUGCAUUAAGUUAAGUCAGUUGUUAUAAGAUGUUUAUAACAUUUUAAGGAAUUGUCAAAUGUUACAAGGUAUGAAUGAGGGUUAAACCAUACACAUCUAUUAUGAAUUCAGAGAAUUCCACCUAGAUGUACAUGAAUGACUGAGUUUGACCUCGCCAACAGAGUAAUUUAGAGUAGUUUUGUUAUUUGGGAAAUACAAUUCUUUGGCAGUAUGUCAGCGGUUUGAGUCGCAUGCUAAAAGCAUUAGGGAGCCUCAUUUGUAAUCCAAAGGUGAAAAGAAAUCAGAGAUAACCAAAUAACAGUGUUCUGCUGUGAUGCUUUUUUUUAAAUCUGUAUAAAUAUCCUGCAGGGUUUUUUUGUGUGUGUGUGUGUGUGAAAUAAUGCUUUGUGAACAUCUGCAGCAAAAUGAGGGAUUUGAUCAAAACUGGAUAACAUUUUGCCUUUUAUUUUGACUCGGUUAUGUAGUGGUGAAUGAUAUUUGCUUGCAAGGCAUGGAAGUGUUUGUGUGCUCUUUUGUGUUUUAGAGAGUACUGAAUUCUUAAAGUGGCGUUCUUUAAAAGAUUAUAAGCAGUUAAUAUCUCACCCACAGUAAAAACUCUCUAUAUAUCUUAAUUUAGCGUUUUCUGGAUUUCCUGUUACUACAGGCAAAGGCUAAUGGCUAAGCAGAACUGGUCAGGCACCAAAGGAUUUUACGGCAACUGAAAUCUCAACUGAAUUUUUAGAUCACCUGAGAAACCUUCAACUUUCUUUAGGUUUGCUUGGCUUUUGUUAUUUACAGAGGAGUCGAUUUAAUGAAGCUCAGAGAUGUUGCAUCACCAAUAAUGUUCCUGUAUCAAACAAGUACUUAGAUCAGAGAUGGUCACAUUUCCAGACAACAUGCAUGAAAGAAAAUGUAAUGCAAAUCAAUUAAAAUGUCUGAUUUGCAAACUUUAUUUUUCUAUAAGGUUGUGACAGAUGUUUCACACAGGUAAAUAUUAUUGGUGCUUCAGCUCUUAUACUAACUAUUUUGUUUAUAGUAAAUAAAGACACCCACCAAAGGCUGUUAACUGCUUAGGAUCUUUGAAAAGAGCCACAUUAAAAAAAUAAAAAUAAAAAAUCUGAACUUGAGUUAUCUGUUUAAGUCAGCUCACAGUAACUUUUUUUUAUUUUUAUUUUUUUUUUAUCAUUUUGCAAUAGCUACUGGUAGAAGUAGUAUAAAAUCCACAUAGCCAUAAGCUAACAUGUCAACUACAGACUUAACCUACUCCUCAUAACUCCCAUCACCUGUCCUCUUGGUAUUGUUGCAUUUAUGUUUUAAGUGUUUUAUUUCAUAUCGAUUUAAUUUAUUAUUUUGUAAUCAUUUGCAUUCAAGAUAAAAUUCUCAGGAAGGAAAACAGUGUUUAGUGUGUAUCAUGUCUCUCAAAGUGAUGAGACUGUACAUGCCAUUUCAAUGUGUCUACAGGGGAAAACUGGUUCGUAAUAAAUUUGUUUCAUCAUUUAAGGCC